UGGAAAUUUGCUUGAAAAUCAACUGUUUAUUAUCUGCAAGAGAUAUUGUCCUGAACAAACUCAUUUAAGUCGCAGAACAAGGAUUGCUCUCUCGUGCAUGAGAACUACCUACUGGGAAUGUCGCGCUGGCAAAGACUGUCUGGAUAUCUUCAUACAAAACCAACUGGCCCAUUUCGAAGAUUUAAGGGCAGUCAGAAACACUGGUAUGAGUUCGAUGAAUCCACGAUGACCGUGCGAGCCUAUAGAAAUGAGGAUGAAGCGAACACUCCAAACCGCGAGCCUUUACGUGUGAUCACUAUCGUGAAUGCAGCGUUCUUCAUCGAUCCAACAGAAUUCCAUCAGUUUGUUAUCACUUCAGAAGGGAAGGAUAACGUAUUGCAGGCCGAAACAGAGGAAGCCAUGAUGCUUUGGUUGGAUACUCUUCAGACGAGACGCAAUGAAGCCAUCCGGAACGAUCUCGAAACGCUUAUGCAAGGUGAUUCAAUCAAUAUCACUGAACGCCGAAGACAACCCAAAAUAUCUACAACAAAGUUGCCCACCGGUACUCUGCGAAUUUCUGGUGCGGUCUCCUACGAUGUGAAUGAUAUUCAGUUCAAUUCUCCCAUGAAACCAUGGCGGAUUACAAACAUGUUCCAGUUUGGCGGCUCAAACGUAUCCCCAUCCAGGCCGACGACGCCCGUAAGCCCCAUGGAUUCCCCAGUAAAAACCAGUCCAACAUCUCAGGCAGAACCGGAUUCACCAAGCGACACUAGUGGUCAAAUGGUUAACUCAGAGCUUUUAUCUGAGUCAUCCUUGGUGACUGAUAAAGAUGAUAUCUGGGACAGCAAACCACAAACUCUCCUAGUUUCAACAACCAGUCCGAUUCCAGACAAAUUAAGGGGCUACACAAUAAGCUCCCGUUAUCCUGCUGCAAAUUCACGUACCGGUGAACGUGGACGAUCUCGCUCCCCCGCGGGUAAAGUGGAUUCGCAUACAAACGAUCAUUUAUCCCACCAAUCCGAAGAAGACUCAGCAGUAGCAGCAGCUGGAAUUUCCGGUCAUGAACCGAAAUAUCUUGGAAAUGAUUUUACAGAGAUGUAUGACAAGACUGAGCGUUCAGGUAAGCUAUUUCUGAAGAAAAAAACAUCACUUGAUUUUGUUUCUACGACAUUACAAAAAAAUGAGCUCUUUUUCAAUACAGAAAACGCGGAAAUGGAUGGGGUGAGGACAUCCGACUACUGUGGUUCGUUGAAGCGUGGUUCGAAUUCGUCCGACUCCGGGCCAUCAUAUAAAGCUGAAGAUCGGCCACUAGGAUAUCGACAGGCGGCUUUUCUGAUGACCAUAAGGGAUCUCCAAGCACAGUUGGAUGCCAGCUUAGAAAGGGAGUCCUCUUUGCGUCAGAUGUUAGCCAGCAGAGAAGCGGCAAUGGCCGAACUCGAUCACCGGAUAAGUCAGAUAGAGGAUUUGGAAGAAAGAACGGGUGAACUUUCCAUCUCUGGGACUGACCGUUUUGGUCACUCUGCAUCACACUCAGCUGCAGUUUCUGCCACGUCCGAGCUCAGUUACAACAGGACGAACCUUAUGGUUGUACGGCAGCGAAGCAUCAGUCCCAACACUGAUAUUGCUGUCUUUGAUGAUGAUGAUGACGAUGAUGAUGAUGAUGACGAUGAUGAUGAUGAUGACGAUGAUGAUGAUGAUGACGAUGAUGAUGAUGAUGACGAUGAUGAUGAUGAUGACGAUGAUGAUGAUGAUGACGAUGAUGAUGAUGAUGACGAUGAUGAUGAUGAUGAUGAUGAUGGAAUUAAUCAAGGAUUCCAACUCUCUCCAUUCAUUUUUAACUUCGUGAUCGAUGAAAUAAUAAAACGAAUGCUGGAGGGUCUUCAAAACCCCGGUGUUAAAAUAGCCUGUGAAGAAAACCUUGUCGAUCUGGAAUAUGCAAACGACAUCGUUCUCAUGUUCGAAGAGGCGGAGAAGGCUCAAGUAUUCUUGGAUGAACUGACCAAAGUCAUCCCGUCCUUUGCUCAUCAAACCCGUUUCGUUUGUUAUCGUUGUAGAAUGGAAAACGUUACGAAUAGCACGUUGCGCAACAUGGUAAUUGACAUGGAAAAGAAGCAGCGUAUCCUCACGAAGAAGCUCCACUUUUUGGUCAGCGAAGUGCGAGAUUUGUCGGCUGUGCAACACAUGCUUACUGAUCACGGCGCCAAACAAGUUCGUUACACGAAGAAGCUCAACUCAGAUGUGUUGCAGUGGAAGUAUGACUAUGUGAAACUUUUGGAGUCGUGCUUGGGUGCAUUUCGCGUUGACAGCUGUCAUGGCCUAGUUUUCGGAGAUUAUGGUAGAAGCAAGUGCAAAGUCGUACUGACCAAGCUGUUGGAAGAGGCCCGUAGGAAAGAUCCAACUUUACCCCUUUUGAACCGGUCUAAAUCUACGGAGUAUCACGUUGAUAUCUACGGCUUCAAGCAGUCAUACGCGGAUGAGGUUGCAGUUCUACACUAUGUUUGUAGACAUCUCCGUGAAUUUCUUGACAGACAACGGGCUCCGGAGGCCGACCGAAAUAGGGCGUGGACAGAACUGGUCAAAAGUCCAACUAGAGAAUUAUCUAGAAGCGAAUUAAAACACCUUUGCCGGGCUGGAGUCCCCGCAGCAAUGCGUGGGGGUGUUUGGAGAAUGUUAAUCCAUGGGGAGCUGAAAUCGAUCAUGACGGAGAAGGGACCGCACUAUUACAACCGGUUGAUCUCAGAAAUCAGUGAAAGCAAGAUCGCUACAAAAUACCGCAAGCAAAUAUCACUGGACCUGUUGCGCACGAUGCCAAACAAUAUUCAGUUCGACAGUUUGGAAGCUCCAGGAAUCCAGAAGUUACAAGAAAUUCUCCAGGCUUAUAGUAUUCACAACCCGGCUGUCGGUUAUUGUCAAGGAAUGAACUUUCUUGUGGCGAUAGCCCUCCUGUUUCUGAACAAGGAAGAUGCAUUCUGGUGUUUAACCGCAAUUCUGGAACGAUACCUCCCCAAGAAGUACUUUAACUGUGGUCUGAUCAGCGCUCAGGUCGAUCAGCUCGUCCUCAAAGAUUUGUUGGCCAGCAAACUACCUCAGCUUGCUGAACACAUUCAACGAAUGGAAAUUGAUAUCAGCGCAAUAACUUUGAAUUGGUUCCUCGCCAUCUUCUAUGAUUCUGUGCCUUUUGAGGGUCCUCAACCAAAGCCUUUGGCUCAAAAGCCUAACCGCAAGGCAGCCGUGUUUGGCGGGAAAUGCAAUUACAUUGCCAUUUUUACGGAACACUUCUAUAUACCUGUUCCAACCCCCAACCUGGAGGGCCAGGAGACUGUGUUCGUCAGACCUCUAACCAUUGACCAACCUGGUAUGAGAGACUCUACUUUGAUCCGGAUUUGGGACAUAUUUUUGUUGGAGGGAUCCAAAUGUCUUUUCCGAUUCGCACUGGCCCUGCUCAAAAGAAACGAGGAAAUGCUUAUGCAUCAAAGCGACACGAUCAGUUUUUGGAAAUGCCUAAAGUCGGCCUCUCGGUUAACUUACGAUGCGGACAGUCUGGUCAAGGUAGGUAGGAGUCAGUGCAAAAUUUUUUCGCGGCUGUGUCUUGGUCAUCGUAACUGUCUUAGUGUUUGGAUUUUGGGGAUAAAUAAGAGCAGACCCUGGAGCGGGGACAGCAGUCAGAUAAAACAGAUUGGUGAAGCCGCAGCUAGAUAUAACAAAACGCAAUCAGGAUUUCCGGUGACUGCCUACGAAGAACUGAAGCCGUUUUUCAGUAGAAAUACACUGAUGACCCUUCAAAAUCACCACUAUGCAAUUCUGAGCAAGGCGAUGAGCGAGAAGCAACGACUCUGGCAGAGGAUUAUCAUGGAAGUUGGUGAGAGAGAGAUAGAUGAGAUCAAGAUUUUAAUGCGGAGGAAGAACAGUGAUCCAGCUCGCGCAUGCGUUCAGGCGGCUAUUAGCUUCGAAGGUGAUCAAAUCUGGAUCUGUCACGGAGGAACUUUUGACACACGCAUCUCAGCAGUCGAUGUCGAAGAGAGCAAAAUGAUGCAGUUAGAUAUGGAGGCAAGUUUGAUGCCACAUAUAUGUGAUAUUUCGCCGUGCUCGUUGAAAGGCGUGAAUUUUCAUCCGAACUUUGAGGUGAAAAAUACGGUCAGCUCUACUCAAGUCAAAUGGUACUCUGAAUCAAGUUAUUGGCUACGAUAUAUCGGGCAGAUUUUUCUCUCUCUCUCUUAUCAGAUGGACGCGCAUGUGAGUAGCCUCUGCUGCUUAAACGACGAUAUCAUGCUGAUCGGACUGAUGUCUGGCAAGCUGUGUGCCUACUCAAUCAAAACAAAGGAACUGUUGUGGCAACUCCCGGUACAUGACAGCAUCACUGACAUCGUUGUGGCAGCCUGGCCCUACGAGAAUAUGAACAAAACGUUUGCCGGUCUCAGCAACGGAGAACUCGUUGUCAUUGAGAAUGCUGGCGCAACUGAACCGAAGGACUCGACGUUCGUUCUUUGCAUCGGCUUCACGCGCAUCGCCUCGUUGCUACUCGUGGACAACCAGCUCUGGUGUGCCUGCGGAAAUUCUGUUUAUAUAUUUAACGCGGCUACGCUGGAUUACCACAACCAAUUCUGCAUCUCGGAAAACGCCCUAGAUUUGAUCCUCACGAUGAAACUUAGCCGAUACGGGGUGUGGAUUGGCGUGCGCGGAAGUCCAAUUAUCGAACUCUGGGAUGUAAAAACGUUGAAUCGACUGCUUCUUUUCAACACACAUAAAGAUGCGUAUGUCAGCCGAAGAGAGGAUGAUGAAGGAACAUUUGACAUUCACCGAGUGACGGCUCUGCUGCCUCAUGAAGAAUCAGUGUGGGUCGGAACGGGAAAUGGGGAUAUAAUCGUGUUCGAAGUGGCCACUCAGCUCAGUGACACAGAGGCCGCGGUCUGUGGUGCUAUACGACGGAACGCCGACUGUGGAAAUCGAUCGGCUGAAAAUGUUCAGGAGACGGUGUCUGCCGAUGUGUCCUUGAUGGGAAUGGCCUCUGAACAUCGGGUGAAACGAUCUACGAUGGCAAUAUCCAAGCCUAGCGCAGAAAGUGAACCUACAUCACCUACCCAGAAGUCGAUUUGCCCUUUGGUGACAGAUUCUACCAACGCGAAACAACCGAGAUUCCGACAUCAUUCGGGAUCGGUGCUUCGAGUGGACGUAAGACCAACAUUAGGGGCUACGGACGAGGCGAGGGAGAAUACAACUGACACGAACACUGGUCAUGUGCUACCAUUUGUUUAUCGGGGGCGUGUACAGUCCAUUCCAGUUGCACCACUUCGCAAGGCAAACACGAUCCCCGACUUGGCGUUCGUAGAGGGGGGAGGCAACUAUGACAAUUCUCAAGAAAACACUUCGAACCCAGUUUCUGCGCCCAAAGUAAAGUUUCAUGAUAAACUGCAGGAGGAACACGAUGGAGCUCACGAACCCUUAGGGGAAGCAGAACUUGCGGAAAAAAUCGUUGCAGGCGUGCUAGAGAAUGCAGUAGAAUCAAUCAAACCAAGUGAACCUGACCAGGACAGUUACUCUUCAGUGCCGGGGACCAUUGCGAGUACGGAACUGCGAGAACAGGCUGACUGGAAUUUGACUAGCGUCCCCGAUGGACAGGCUGACAACAACGACAAUGGGACACAGCCAGCAAUGUCUCCAAAACUUGACGUGAGCCACUAUGAACUGACGUCUUCAGACACAAAUAUGGGAAGCACGCCAAUGACACCAACACGAAGUAACAGUGAAGCUUCAAGCACUUCUCUGGUUCCGAACACUCCUGACUCCGAUUCGCCGUCACCCAUUAUCCCCAGCGCUCAGCCUAUGUUUUAUCCACUGAGACGUGAAUCACGAAAUCCGGACGCCAUCCGCACACCCGCUCUACACAUCCACUUGCAAGCCGUUCUCAGAAACAAGGUGUCGGAAACUCCGAUCCGAACGUUCCUUACACACAUAAAUAAACUCGGUGAAAGCAUCGUUGUGUCGUGCGCAACCUACUUCUAUGACGAUGAUGCCAUUCUGAAGUGGAGUCGAUGCGAGGGUGAGCGUUCGAUCUGGACAAACAAUCCAAUAUUCUUCUUUGAUCAAGCUAGUCAACAAAUUCAAUUUCCCGCCUACAUGAUGAAUACAUUACGAAUGCGGCGGGAAAGCUUACGACGACGAAUUACCUUACACACUGGGCCAGAGGUCUGAAAGAACUCGUUGGUCUGGUCACUUCUGUCAAACGGGGCCAAAGAUUAACCGAAUAACACAGUAUUCCCCUCAACGUCAGCAUUCACACUAUUGCGACCUAAUUCCGAAGAAGCAUUUCCCUCUUCCUCUUUUGGGGAAAAACACCUCAUCUGUUUGCUCACAAACUAUCGGGUUUUCCGAUCCGAUUGCGAAAUUCUAUUGUCCUGAUAACCCAUCUCCACAGCCUAUGCACACAGGCCACGCUGUCCUCGAGUUUACCAGAUUUCCUGUACAUUGCAG